AUGGAGUUAAGGCUAUACCAUUCUUCUUCCUUAUCAGACGUUGGACGUGAAGUCCCGUUGAGAAAUCCAAGCACCCGAUAUCCCCUGCACCAAAAGUAUCAUUAUCCAUUGCUCCAAAACUUGCCCUUUAUAAAGCAAUCAAAGGAUCUUUGGCUUUUGGAGAGAUCUUCGCAAUCAAUAUGGCCCUUGGAAUCCAAAAGUGAAGCAAAACAAAUUGGCUUUUGGGAUUUUAUAAGAAGAAUAGGCUCCUGGGCUAUACACCAUAGAAGCUUGGUUAGUGGAGAUAGAGAGAUGGCUAGGGAACGAUGGAAUAACACCAGUGGGAUCCAUGGGCUUGAUUCAAUACUUGGUUUUUGGGCAGGUGUAAUGAUGUUUGCACUACUCCUUUUUUCAGUCAUAAUCUUUUCAUGUGCUGAAGGAGCGGAAUCAAAAGACAAAAAUGAUGGCGGAGGAGACACCACGGCCUAUGGUGGUAGUGAAUGUGUUGCGGCGUGUGGUGCAGGAUGCGGUGGCUAG